UAAUAACCGGAACUAUUAUCCGCACUACUGUGUUCCACCGUAGGAAAUAAAAUAUUGUUACACCCACAGAAGACAACUUUUUUUUAAAUGUACCGAAGAUAAUCAAUUCUGGUUAAACUAUUGUCCUUUAGUACAGGCUGUCACUCGGAGAGCAAUGGGGGUACACGGGCUGUGGAAGCUGCUUGAGACCACCGGGAAGCCCAUCAACCCCGAGACACUCGAGGGCAAGAUCCUGGCUGUCGACAUCAGUAUCUGGUUGAACCAGGCUGUGAAGGGUGUGAGAGACAGGGAGGGUAACAGUGUCCAGAACGCCCACCUCCUCACCCUGUUCCAUCGUCUCUGUAAAUUGCUCUUUUUCCGCAUCAGACCUGUCUUCGUGUUCGAUGGAGACGCACCUCUGAUCAAGAAACAGACCCUGGCCAUCAGAAGACAGAGAAAGGAGGAGAAGACUAUGGAGUCCAAACAGACCAAUGACAAACUCCUCAAGACCUUCCUGAAGAGACAAGCCAUCAAAGCUGCUCUGGGAGAGAGGAGUCAGGAUCAUCUGCCCAGCCUGUCUGCUGUGAGGAGAGAGGAGGACAUGUUCAUGCUGCCUGCCCUGCCAGCCCAGGAGGAGGAGAGAGAGAGGAGCAGCUCAGACGAGGAGGAGCAGGUGGAGGAGGACAGCCGUCACAUCUACCAGGGGGAUUUCUUUGAAGACUCUAACUCUGUGGACAUCAACUCUGAGGAGUUUUCUGCCAUGCCUCCUGAGGUGAAACAUGAGAUCCUUAAAGACAUGAAGGAAUUCAGCAAGAGACGACGCACCAUGUACCACACACCUCCCGAGCGGUCAGGGGACUUCUCCCAGUACCAGCUAGCAGGACUGCUGCAGAGGAACAAGCUGAACGUGCGUCUGGAGGGGGUGGAGAGAGAGAUGUCCAACCGUAGUGCUGGGAACGCCCCGGGGGUGGAGCUAUACAACCAGGGGGAGGGGCACAGCGUGGAGACACGACGCCUCCUCUCAGAAGACUCCACCCACUACAUCCUCAUCAAAGGUCCGAAGAAGACCGACAGCAGUGAGAGGGUGCCAGACAUCCAGCCUGCGGCCUCUCCCUGGUUGGGUGGUCCCCUGUCAGGGAGGGUUAGGACAGGGGGAGGGGAGAGACCUGAGCCCCUUUGGAGACCCAUCUCAGAGGAGGAGAGCCUGGAGGAGGGACCCUCAUCAUCGUCUAAACAUCCCCAGGACCCGAUCCCGAGCCUGGGGGAUACAGCACCCAUCUCCCCUCGGACACUGAAGGCCAUCCAGACUGCCAUGGAUAGCAGCUUCUCAGACGAGGAGGAGGAGGAGGGGGGUGGCAGUGUGUCUCCUCGUACCCUCCUGGCCAUUCAGCGAACCACAGGAGAAAAGUUGGACGUAGGCCCGUCCCAAUACGCCACCAUGAUUGGCAAUUCUCCUGUUAAGCCCCACCCUCCCAGUCCCCAGCCUCCUGCGAACCGAUUGUUCGUCAUCAGCAGCUCAGAGGAGGAGACUGAAGGGAAGGACACACCCCUGAGGACAACUCUGACCAAUGAGGACAUGCUUGGGGUGGAGAAGGGGGAUGAGCAACAGUUGCCUCUCCCCCUUCGCCUCCCCAUUCCUCCUGCGGACAGGGUGCUCAUCAGCAUGGAGGAGGAAACCGUCACCAGGAGGAGCAGGGAGGAGGUGGAGGAGAUUCUGAGGAGGAACAGAGAGGAGUUGGAGCAAGCCAUCGACAACAGGAACAGAGCUUUCCACUCUGCAGUGGGUCAGGGGGACAGUUUGGGUCAGGCUCUCUGUCUUAUUCCCCCAUCAGGCCUUGGUCUAAACAGAGAGGAGGAGACUGGGAGGAGCAGCCUAGUGACUGAGCCUUUACCUCCAUCGCAGGAGGAGAGGAAUGGACAGAACACCGGGGAGGAGAGGAAUGGACAGAUUGUGAAGAUGGAGGACAGUGAUUCAGAGAGCUUCGUUGACGUGUCUGAGGGGGAGGAGCUAAAGGAGGAGGAGACAGAUGAUUCGCUGAUAGAGGUUGGGGACGGUACUCCAGCUAAGGCACAGGAAGACGUGGCCAAGAAGGAGGAGGAAGAGGAGGAGGCUUUAAGUAGCAGAGCUAUCCCUUUGGAAGAGAGGGAGGAGGACGAGGAGCCCCAGCCUCCCACAGAGCCCAGCCCAGCUCCUCCUGCCCCAGCGUCUGUUCCUCUACCCAACGAGUGGGAAGACAUCAACGUGGAUGAGCUGGUGGCGCUAGAGAGCAGUCUUGGAGAGCAGCAGUCCAGGCUGAGGGAACAGAAGCAGCAACAGGAACGCAUCGCUGCCACGGUUACCGGACAGAUGUGUCUGGAGAGCCAGGAGCUGCUGAGGUUGUUUGGCGUACCCUUCCUGGUGGCUCCCGGUGAGGCCGAGGCCCAGUGUGCAGCCCUGGACCGGACCGACCAGACCCACGGAACAAUCACCGACGACAGCGACGUGUGGCUGUUCGGAGGACGACACGUCUACAAGAACUUCUUCAGCCAGAACAAAUACCUAGAAUACUACCAGUACGUAGAUCUACAGAACCAACUGGGUGUGGACCGUACCAAGCUGAUUAACCUGGCCUACCUGCUGGGUAGUGACUAUACGGAGGGAGUCCCGGGGGUGGGCUAUGUGACGGGCAUGGAGAUACUCAACGAGUUCCCUGGACCUGGUACAGAACCAGUCAGCAUGUUCAGUGAGUGGUGGUCCUUGGCCCAGCAGCAGCAACGUCUGACCUCUGACCCCCGUGACUCCAAGGUCAAGAGGAAACUGAGAGGGCUUCGGCUGCGGCCGGGCUUCCCCAACCCUGCCGUGGCAACUGCCUACCUGCAGCCCAGCGUCGACCUAUCAGAAAGCUCCUUUAGCUGGGGCCGCCCACACCUCGACCUCCUCAAGGAGUUCUGUGAGAGUCGUUUUGGUUGGAACAGCAGGAAGACAGAAGAGACUCUACAUCCUGUUAUCAAACAGCUCAACACACAACAGACCCAGCUGCGUAUCGACUCGUUCUUCCGUCUGGAGCAGCAGGAGAGACAGGCCAUCAAGAGCCAGCGCCUCCGCCGGGCCGUUACCUGUAUAAAGAGGAAAGAGAGGGAGGACGGAGGGAGGGAGGAGAGGGAGGACGGAGGGAGGGAGGAGAGGGAGGACGGAGGGAGGGAAUAGGAAGAAGAGGGGACUGGCUCUCCGUCCAAGGCUAAAAGAGGGAAGGGGUCAGAGCAAAAGCAGAGGAAGGGAGAGGUGGUGGAGGGGACAGGGGGGUUCCUGGGGGCAGAGGUCAGUAAGCCUGCUCAAGAGGAUGUGGGAAGAGCCAGCCAUGAUGUGGGAGUGGCCAGCCAAGAAAGAGAGAAAGUAGGAGUGGUUAGUCAGAAUAUGGGAGGGGCCAACCUGGAUGUGGGAGGGGCCAGCCAGCAGAGGAAAGAAGUGCUUCCUCCUCCUAAUAAUGGAGUACCUCAACCUAAACUCCUCCCUAAUAGGACGGAGCAGAAUGACAGCAGCAGUACCGGGGACGACAGCGACGGUGACAGCGGGGUCGCCAUGGUAACGGCCCAGUCAGUGUUUAGGGGCCAACCGAGAGAAGGGAGGGGGGGUAAGAGAGGUGGGAGGGGGGGAAAGAGAGGCGGGGGGAGAGGCAGAGGAAGGAAGACACUGUGAGAACUAUCAACUUUAAACUCUCGAACCGUCUCUUGUUGAUGAUGUCAUCAGAGGGAUACAUAUGUGACCAAUAAACAGGCGCUGAAACCACUGUGAUGUGUUUUCUGAAUGAUGUUUAGAAUGAUGAGGGACGAUGUUUGAUACACAUCGGUGUAAAAGGUGGCGCUGUGUAAACCCAUGAUAUUUUUGGAUCAUUUCAGCGAGGCGUCUCUGGCCGUUUGUCGGUGUAUUUUCUAUGUUUGUGAUGAAUAUUUGGAACAAUUAAAAUGUUUUUUGUAUUACAAA